AUGAGCAACGGCGCGUCGGUGGGAGAGUUCGUUCUGCUGGGAGUUCCGCAGACGGAAGGACUGGAGGCCGGGCUCUUGGCCCUCUUCUCCUUCCUCUACCUCCUCACCCUGCUGGGGAAGCUGCUCAUCUUCACCACCAUCCCUUCUUCUCCCACCCUGCACACCCCCAUGUAUUUCUUCUUGGGACUCUUCUCGGUGUUUGGCGUGCUCUUCCCUAAGAUGCUGCCCUCCCUCUACGGACAGAGCCGUGCCAUCUCUUUCCAGGGUUGUGCGGCCCAGCUCUUCUUCUACCAUUUUCUGGGUGCGACUGAAGGGUGCCUGUACUCUGUGAUGUCUUACGAUCGCUUCGUGGCCAUCCGCCACCUUUGCGGUACAUGCUCAUCAUGAAGCCCUGCGGCCCGGCUGGUGGGGAGCCUUCAGGCCUCCAUCCUCGCUGCCUUUACCUUCAGGCUAACGUACUGGGGCCCCAGCCUCGUGGACUACUUCUUCUGCCACAUGCCUGCGGUUUUGCCCCUGGCGUGCUCUGACAGCUCCUUGGCCCACAAGGUGGGCUCCAUUGGCGUUGGCUUUCUGGCGUUGUUGCUCCUCUCUGCGUGUGUCUCCUACACGCACUUGGGCGUUGCCGUGCUGAAGGUGCGCUCGGCAGAGGGCAGGCAGAAGGCGUUCUCCCCCUGCAGCGCCCACCUGGCUGUGAUCAUCAUCCACCUGCGGCCCGCGAUCAUCGUCUACCUGUGGCCCUUGCCCGACCCCCUGCUCGGCGCUGUGGGGCAAAUGCUAAACAACACCGUCUCCCCCGUGCUCAACUCAUUCAUCCACUCCUUGAGGAACAAGCAAGUGAAAAGAUGGUUGCAAAGGGUGCUGGAAAGCGCAGUCCUCCGCGCGAGGGAAUGA